AUGUUCCAAUUACAAGGCCCACAAAUGCUGCAGAUACUGGAGAAAUCCUUGAGAAAGUUUCUCCCUGAGUCCUUAAAGGUGUAUGGGACCAUCUUCCACAUGAACCAGGGAAACCCGUUCAAGCUAAAGGCCCUGGUGGACAAGUGGCCUGAUUUUAACACAGUGGUUGUUCGCCCCCAGGAGCAGGAGAUGACAGAUGACUUUGAUCACUACACCAACACCUACCAAAUCUAUUCCAAGGACCCCAAGAACUGUCAAGAAUUCCUUGGCACAUCACACGUCAUCAAUUGGAAACAACAUUUACAGAUCCAAAGUUCACAAUCUAGCCUGGAUGAGGUGAUACAAAAUCUUGCAGCCAUUAAACAGGUCAAGGUCAAGCAAACACAAUGCUUCCUCUAUAUGGCGCCAAACACAGCAAGAAGACUGCUCCCUUCACUGCCAGUGGUAAAGGAUUUACCUCUUGAAAUCGGCAGACCCAAAGCCAUGAACCAAGAGCUGUUUAAACUCUCCUCUCUCGAUGUUACCCAUGCUGCCCUGGUGAAUAAGUUCUGGCAUUUUGGUGGCAAUGAGAGAAGCCAGAGGUACAUUGAGCGCUGUAUCCAAAACUUCUACUCCUUCUGCAUCCUGGGGCCCGAGGGGACCCCUGUGAGUUGGGGCCUGCUGGACCAGACAGGAGAGAUGCGAAUGGGGGCCACUUUACCUAAAUACAGGGGCCACGGUUUCAUAUCUAUUAUCUUGUUUGCCUCUACUCAGGCUCUGGAGAAAUUCAACUUUCCCUUAUAUAACCAUACAGACAAAGCCAACAACAUCAUACAGAAAACCAGUCACAAUCUGCAUUUCAUUCCCAUGCCCUGUGACUGGAACCAGUGGCAAUGUGUCCCUCUGUGA